GGCCCGGGUCUCCCCCCGCCCGGGUCCCCUGCGCCCCAUAGCGCGGGGCCGGCCGGGCCCAAGGCCCGGGAUGAACCUUCGCCGCCACCAACAAGCUAAAUUUCCACCAGUGCUUCCCCUUUUUUCGCGUUUUCAUGGACCCCGCUUAACUCUGCUGCACAGUUGCCCUUAGGGCGUGCUUGAAAUAAGAAGAAAAGGAAAAUCAAUGAAUAAACCUACUUAACACAGCAUUUCUGCAAGCCCCGGGUAACCUCUUAGGGUCACUGCUGAGUAACUGCCCAUCGAGACAUAUCUGGAGCUGCCCCUAGGCUAACAGAAUGGGACCCUGUCCUCUGCCUCUAUGAGUCAUCGUUGAAGUCCAAAUAACAGGAGUGAACAAGAGCUGAACUUUACCACUGCUUGUGUCUAAAAGCCUUACUGCCAAGAACAAGCUCUGUGAUUUUGGCCUCCAGCAUUUGCUGUUCCUCUGGUUUUGACUGUCCAUGAUCAGAAGGACUGUAUGGAGCUAGAUGAUGAUAUCGUUAGGGCGUACGGACAACCAGCAGUAUACAGAGUCCAAAGAGAAGUACAAACUGAGGAGCACUUCCAGACAUACUUUGAAAGAAAGCUCUCCUCUACCCUGUGCGGAGAAAUACAAAUCCCUGGAGUCCACCAACGUCUCCAAUGCAGCUUCUCCUGGGGAAGGUUCAGAAAGAUCAUACUCAAGCUGUUUCCUGUCCUGAAUUGGCUUUUUUCGUAUCGGUUCAGAGAGUGGCUCUUGAGAGACAUACACGCGGGCUUAAGUGUUGGGAUGUUUCAGAUUCCUCAAGGACUGUUAGGAGUUUUGCUGACCAGGUUACCUUUGCCAGUUAUCAAUGGCUUCUAUUCUGCGUUCUGCUGCUCAAUGACAUAUGUCAUUUUUGGGACUUCACAUCAUAUCUCAAUUGGCUCAUUCAGCAUCCUAAAUGCAAUGGUGGCAAACAUUCUGAAGACUCUUAAUUUCAGCGAAAUAUCGUCCUCUAAUGGCUCAUUAGCCAAUUUCUCAGACCCUACAUUUAUGAAGAAUUACAUGGAGGCCUUGACACUUACUGCAUCAACAACAUUUUUGACUGGCAUCAUUCAGUUGCUGUUAGGCUGCUUUUGCCUGGGGUUUGUCACAACAUAUUUGCCAAAGACUCUCAUUGAUGCUUACCUCACUGCCGCAGCAUUGCAUGUCAUUGUAUCGCAGUUUACCUUUAUCUUUGGCAUCAUGAUUGACUUCCACAAGGGCCCCCUGGACAUUUUCUAUAAUCUAUUUCAUUACUUCUUAGUUCUCCCAAAGGCGAAUGCCACCAGCAUAUUGCUAUUUUUGGUUUGUGUGGGCAUGCUACGAGUCAGUAAAUAUAUCAAGAUAACAUAUAAGCAUAAUCCUAUUGCAUUUCCUAUGGAACUUCUCUUGAUUAUCACAGUCACAAUUAUUUCUAAUUGUAUUCAUCUUCACGCUGAAUCUAGUAAGGUUGUGCUCAGUAUGAUUCCUCACAGGUUUCUGCCUCCUACACCGCCAGAUUUAUCAAACCUCAACAAGAUUGUAUUCCAUGCCUUCUCCCUCGCUAUUGUAAGCUACUUCCUUCUUGUUUUUGUGGGAAAGAGAUAUGCUUCACUUCACAACUACAAUAUUGCCAGCAAUCAGGAGCUAAUAGCUGUGGGGCUAUGCAAUAUUUCCAGCUCAUUUUUCAAAAGCUUUGCUGUCAGCUGUGCUCUUUCUGGAACUGUCAUUCAAGAGAAGACAGGUGGAAGAACACAGUUAGCAGCAGCGAUUGGAGCAUCCAUAAUGCUGGUGUUUGUGCUGAAACUAAGAUACUUCUUCCAGGCUUUGCCUAAUGGUGUACUGGCUGCUAUUGUGGUAGUUAACAUGCUCCCAUUUCUUGAAAAAUUUCUGGACAUCCCAACCCUUUGGAGACAGGAUAAGUAUCAUUUAGUUAUUUGGCUGGUAACUUUUGCAGCAGUCCUAUGUCUUGGUCUUGAUGUUGGUUUAGCAAUCUCCAUGGGAUUUACCUUCUUCGUAAUCACCGUUAGGUCACACAGGAUGAAGAUGGUGGUGCUGGGACAGAUUCCAAACAUGAAUAUUUAUAGAAGUUUAUCCGUCUACAGAGCUGCUAUGGAGAUUGAAGGUGUUAAAAUCUUCCAGUGCUGUUCUUCCAUUUCUUUUGCAAAUAUGAAGCACUUCAAAAACUACUUGUUACGCAAGAUGGACAUGAAAGCGGUGCCUCUUGAUGAAAAUGAAAUGAGGGCUUUAAUUUCAGUUAGUCUGUCUGACACUGCAGUGCAAGGAAAAGAUCUUAAAUGCGCUUGUGUCUGCGAUCCACCUGAACCAGCACCUAGGAUACCAUACACAGAGAAACUGGUGAAGCGACAUCACACAGACAGCGGUUCCUCAUCAUCUUCAGUUAAUUUGGUGCAUUGGUCAAAGUAUGGAGAUAGACCCAGCUCUAGGACACUCUCGGUGGGAACAGCCCAAGCACAGUCUGCAUCCCCAGGGCUUAAAACAGGACUUGAGACUGAAAAGAGCCAGGACGAAGGGAGGGGAGCUUGCCUUUCGUCACCCUCUGCGAUAGACGAUUCCUCAGUGCUGCUGCAUCAGGAAGAACAAAAAACGCGUUUGCUGUGUCCAGUCCACACCAUUAUUUUAGACUUCAGCAUGGUACAAUUUGUUGAUUUGCAAGCCUCAGACUUACUGCGACAGAUCUUCUAUAUGUUUCACAAUAUUGGUAUUACAGUCCUGAUAGCCAGCUGUCACUUCUCUGUGAUAGCAAUCUUUGAGAAGAAUGAUUUCUUUGACAGCUGUAUCACCAAAGAAAGGUUUUUUCUAACUCUACAUGAUGCUGUGCUGGCCGCUUUGGAGAAGCAUCAAAGGCAAGAGGAGCUAGAACUUGCCAGUCGACCUACUGAGAGAGAGUUUGCUGAAGAAGCAUUCGCUGAGCAGCAGAAGGAAAGAAGUUUGCUCUUGGAGAAGAACAAAGAUUUUUCCUCUGUGAAGAGCUCUGAAAACGAAUUUCUGCAUGACGAGCCAGUAUCCGUUAUCUCAGGCUCAACUCAAAAUGAAGUAGAGCCAAGUUCUCUCCAGCAGUAUGAUACUCCAGGCCUUCAGCUGGAUUUACAGCACACAGGCUGGGAGGAGAGAUGGAAGUAUACCAGCAAUCCCUGAAUUACAAGUGUUCAGGAACUGGGAUUUCAGUAGAGAGGAGAAAGGUACAGUUAAGCGACAGUUCAGUUCUUACCAGCAUUUGAUCCUGUUUUUUUUUUAUUUUGUCUUGUUCAGAGUUCUUAAAAUAGACAACUUGACUAAUGCCUCCAUUAAUUCUGUUGUUCUGAACAAAAAGCAACAUUUAUAUGAUUACUUUGAAGUGCUUCCAAAUAGAUAUGCCACCCAUAAUGGAGAAAGCAGAAAAAUGUCAAUGUACAAGAUAGAAUUAGCUAUAAAGCUUGGAAUUAUCAAAUGACUCGCGCUUGUUUUCCAAAAGUCUGUAAAUCUUAGUUUAAGUGCUCUAACUUAGCACUUUUUAUAUAUUUAUUGCUUGCUAGUAAAUACAUCUAAUCUGCCGCAUUUCAACAGGUUACAUGCAGGCAAUUUCAUUAUCUUCCGAUGUGUGUAGAAUUAUGUGAAUCUUUACAGAAAAGCAUUUUACUAUUAAUAUUCCACACUUUGAUACUGUCUGCACUAUCAUAACAUGACAUCAGUCCUCUGAGUAUUUUUUCCUUGCUCCCUCCCUGAUCGACUAUAACUAAAUCCUGGUAAACAAUUUUUCUUUUCAGGUUUUGGUAGUCCUUUACUGAAAUAGUGAAGAAUGGAGUAAUGUAUUCGCCUCAUUCUGAAGAGCCAGCAAAAUUAGAAUGAGAUACACUUAGCACUUGGGGGGAAAAAAAUCUACUUCUUAAUUAUUUUUUCUUUAGAUCAGCCAUAGAGUUUGAAGCAGUAAUAUCAGUACAGAUGUGUGAACUAGGAUUGCACUGAAAGCAGAUGCUUUUAACUAUAGGAGUAAUAUAGCUCACAAGACUUUACCAUGCCCUCAGCUGGAGGAUUAUCCCAUGGCUCAGACUGCCUAAUGUGGAGAGUUGUAGGUGAAACUAAUUUUAGAUGGGUAGCCAGCACAGUGUCUGUGUACCAUUCGGACCCUACUUUAGGGGAAAGAUUGGAUUUAAGUGAGGCAUCCUUUAUGAACAGAUCCCAUGCUCUGGCCUAAGUUCCUUAACCUGUGAACAGCUCUGACUUUUGCUGCUGGGCGUUGUGUUGUUUCUCAAUGUGGAAUAGCAAGGUGGCUUCUCUGGAUUCUGCUGCUUCUGGCUGCUAAGUUUUAGCAAUGAUACAAUGGCUAAUAGGAAUUUUAAUAUUAAACUAUCUCUAAUGUA